AUGGCUCUAAAGGUUACGGGAUCGAAAACUGCAACCAAUAGUACCGAAGAUGCCAAGAAACCAAAUAGAUUACCCCUCAGGAAGCUCUUCUACAAGAACUGUGAAACCUUUUCGUGUUUUUCAUCGGAAGCUGAUGAUAUUGACAGCCUAGAGCCUGGAACUUACUGUGUGUGGACACCAAAAAAGGAAGAGGGGUCUCCAGGGAGCUGCAAGAAGAGCAGCUCUACAAGGUCUAAUUCAAAGAGAUGGAAGUUUACAGAUUUUAUUCACCGGAGUAAUAAUGAUGGUAAGGAUACUUUUGUGUUCUUGAUGCCUAAUAACAAGAAGAGUGGCCUCCAUCAUCAGAGAUUAGGCAGCGAUGACCAAGAUGGGAACCAUAAUAAACAGGGCACAAAGAAAAGGAAAGAAGCGAAAGGAGCUGGAGGAGGUUUGUUUCAAUUUCAAGAACAUUAUUACGUGAGGAGUAAAGAAGGUGAUAAACGCCGCUCCUAUUUGCCAUCCAGGCCAGAUUUGGUGGGGUUUCUGUCUAAUGUUAAUGGGGUGGGAAGGAAUCUUCAUCCAUUUUAA